CAGUUAUGUGGGCGGCGGCAGUCUUUUUCUGGAGCAGAACAGAACAGCUUCUUGGCAAACAAGUGGGAGUGGCUGGUUUAUUAUCAAUAUAAACAGAAGGAUAGGCCUACUGAAAAAAGUAUAGCGAUCGGUGGAGGCAGAAUGGCAACAGCCUAUCAACCUGAAGAGGAAAACUCUUGUGAGAAUGAGUCUGACACCAGUGAAGAGUUUGACAGUGAGGGACAAUCAGAUGACGAAGAAUCAGAAGAUGGACAAUCAGAUGAGGAACAAGCUGAUGAAGGACACUCAGGUGUAAAAGUUCCUCGUCAGGGGAAAGAGCCCUGCAAGUAUUACAACAGUGGUGGCUGUCGGGAUGGUGGUAGUUGCUCUUACCCUCACGUCUGCAAGUAUGCCGUGAAAGGAAACUGUCGCUACGGGUCCGGCUGUAAGCUGAACCACCCCAGAGGUGGAAGGGCAUCCUCUGGUUCAAGCAACAGGACUUCAGGACAUUCAACAUCAAGUGGCCCAAAGCUUACUGAUGGCCGGUGCUACCAGUGGCAGCUGAAAGGUGGAAAAGACUGGCUUGAUAUUGAUAAUGAUCACAUUAUCGAGGCCCAGUACUCGCUGCCCCACACCAAAGGCAUUAAAAUCUACAGCACACCUUAUGGGGCAGUGAGUAUAGAUUUAAACAGGAUGAGAGUGUAUGGAAAGAGUCUGAGUGUGAGACGCUUGGAUGAUGGAAAAUCUGUGUGGAUGUGGUACUGCAGCUUGCGUCGGAAGUGGAUCAAGUAUGGAGGCAAGGAUUCGAAGGGAAAAGCCAGCCCUGUGAAGAUCUCUGACAUAGAGAGCAAGUUCCAAAGUAACCCAACAGGCUCUUUUACUUUCAAUAUUGGCGCUGACACCUUUGAGAUCAGAUUCAAAGAUAUGCAACAAGUGAGUAAACACAAAAAGAGGAAAGUUACUCGCCGACCAAUGUACCAACAAAAGCAAUCAGGAGGAGGGGCUUCUCAUGCAGUCCAAGCAUUGCACAGUCUUUCUCUGGGCACCACACCACAGUGGCAGUUUGAGGGAGACGGUGGAACAUGGCACGAGUUCAAACACAGGAUGGGCACUAAAACUGAAAGCUCUGUAACCAGUGAUGACAUUGAGAAGAAGUACCAGCAAAACCACCACGACAGUAUGAUCUUCAAAGUGAAUGGAAACUCAUACAAGCUGGACCUUGGAGCGAUGAUUCAGACCAACCUCAAAACCAACCAAACACGCAAAAUCAGACGUGUGCUGGUAUGAACAUUAAAGGAGAUUUUGAAGACCUCAAGAAGAAAAUCUACUAACAAAUGUGCAAUAAUAGCAUACAUUAUACAAUAACUAAUCUGUGCUUAUUGCACGUGGGAGAAGUUUGACUUCAAUGCUUUCUGGAAGAAGUGCUUUGUGCCUUUCUUCUUUCCUAAACCUAACCAAGUGGUUUUGGUGCCUAAACCUAGCCAACUAGUAAGGCUUUCUGACAGAAAUCCCUAAGGACAACUUCUCCCAUGUGCGAGAUACAUUAAUUGUGUUUGUUUGGACCAUUCUUUUUUUAUUCUUAGCUUUAGUUGAUUUGAUGGCUCUAAUUCUGUGUUUACAUGAGACGAGUGCUAAAGAUAUGUUUGGUUUUUUUUAAACAUGGUUGAUGCCAUAGACACUCAACAGUUGAGCCAAGAUAGCCUCAGGAUUGAAGGUCAAGUCUCGGAGCUUCAGGUUUAUUGAGAUUUUCCCAUACUGCCCAUGCUUUUUUAUGGCUGGCUUUAGCUGAUUUGACCUGCACCUAAAUUCUGCCUGACAAACUUGCACUCCGAAUAUGUAAUGUAAACCUGCCUUUUACAAAAUGAUUUGUAAUGUAAUGACUUACAGCACACUGCCUAUCGGGGAAUGCAAUUGUUGCUUUGUGGUAAAUCAACCAUACAGCAUUACAUUACAUUUAUUCAUUUAGCUGAUGCUUUUAUCCAAAGCGACUUACAAUUGCUAUUUAUGUCAGAGGUCGCACGUCUCUAGAGCAACUAGGCACACAUUGGGGUCUCAAAGUGGAUUUGAACCCAGGUCUCUCGCAUCAAAGCCUUGUGUUUAUUCACUGCGCCACCCCACCUCUGAAGAGGAAGAUAUCUAAUGCGAACUCAAGUCAAUUUCUAAACAGCAUUAUGCUGUGUAUGCACAUUACCUUUGAAGUGUUUAACAUGAACCAGUUACAUGUUUACAUUAUGCAAUAAAAAUCAUAUAACCUGCAAUUCAUAUAUUUUUUGCUCAGGAUUGGACAUCAAGUCUCUGAUCUUCAGGUUAAUUCUGCUUCAUACUCAAUGUACCAAAGAUCAUAUUAAAUGUCCUGUAAGGGGGAUUUGAAUUAUCAUUUUUAGCAAAUAAAAUGCAUCCAAUGGUU